AGUGCAUUGGAUGGUGUGCAAAAAUGAAAGUGGACAAACACUCAGGGAUGGAGGAAGUACAUUUUUAUAUUUUAAUAUUUUUUGGAACAUCAUAAAGAAAAAUAAGAAAUUUCUUUGGAAUAGAAAGAGUUCUAAUUUUCAUUUCAAUCACAUUUUUUAUUUGGAGAAAGUCAAAGAUUAAAAGAAAAACUCUUGGGAGGAAGUGUAAUAAAAUGGGAAAGGUAAAAGGAAAGUGCCAUUCAUCAACAACCUCAGACGACAGAACGUUUUUUGAGCUGCUCCUUCAAUUUCUCCCAUUUUUUUUCUCAUCGGAUCUCACUCCUAAAACACACGACCAGUAGUAAAAAAAGAUUCUAUUUUUCCGUUUCUUUUUUUUCUUUUUUAAUUAUAUCAAUUUUUAUUCUUGAGAUUCUCAAGAUCUUCUGUUGGGUGGCAAGUUUCUUUUGGAGGAGAAUGAAGAAGGAGGUAGUCGGAGCUACGGUGGCGGUGGCGGCGUGCGCCGUCGCUGCUCUGGUGCUGCGCCACCGCAUGAAGAAAUCCAGGAAAUGGUCCCAGGCUGCGGCUAUUGUCCGCGAUUUCAGGGAGAAGUGCGCCACCCCAAACGGGAAACUCCGGCAGCUGGCAGACGCGAUGACGGUGGAGAUGCACGCCGGACUCGCCUCCGAGGGCGGCAGCAAGCUCAAGAUGCUCAUCAGCUACGUCGACAAUCUUCCCACUGGUGAUGAGAAAGGGGUAUUCUAUGCAUUGGAUCUUGGUGGAACAAACUUCCGCGUGUUGCGAGUGCAGUUGGGAGGCAAAGAUGGCGGCAUUGUUCAUCAAGAAUUCACUGAGGCAUCAAUACCCCCUGAGCUGAUGGUUGGCAGUGGAGAGGCCCUUUUUGACUUUAUUGCGGAAAAACUUGCAAAGUUUGUAGCCGAGGAGGAACAAAAGUUCCGGCAACCACCUGGUAGGCAGAGGGAACUGGGCUUCACCUUUUCAUUCCCAAUAAUGCAGAGCUCAAUUAAUGCCGGGAAUCUUAUCAGGUGGACUAAAGGCUUCUCUAUUGAUGAUACGGUUGGCAAAGAUGUGGUUGAAGAACUAACCAAAGCCAUUCACCGAAAAGGCAUUGAUAUGCGCGUGUCAGCUUUGGUUAAUGAUACAAUUGGAACACUGGCUGGAGGCAGGUAUUCGAACAAAAACGUAUGCGUUGCCGUGAUCUUGGGCACAGGAACUAAUGCUGCAUAUGUGGAACGCGCACAGGCAAUCCCAAAGUGGCACGGUCCUCUUCCUAAAUCCGGAGAGAUGGUUAUCAACAUGGAAUGGGGUAAUUUUAGGGCGUCAUAUCUGCCCAUGACAGAGCACGAUCAUGCAUUGGAUGCCGAAAGCUUGAACCCCGGGGAACAAAUAUUUGAAAAGGUCACUUCUGGCUUGUAUUUGGGUGAAAUUUUACGGAGAGUUUUGCUCAAAUUGGCUGAAGAAGCUUCCUUUUUUGGUGUUGAGGUCCCCUCGAAAUUAAGAAGUCCAUUCGUAUUGAGGACACCGGACAUGUCAGCCAUGCACCACGACACGACACCUGAUCUGAGAGUGGUUGGUGACAAAUUAAAAGAUAUUUUUGAGGUGCCCAAUGCCCCAUUCAAAACAAGAAGAGUAGUCGUCGAGCUGUGCCACAUCAUCGCGACACGUGGGGCCCGCCUCGCGGCUUCGGGGGUCUUCGGGAUACUGAAGAAGAUGGGGAGGGACGCUGUGCGAGAAGGCGGGACCCCCGAGAAGACGGUGAUCGCCAUGGACGGCGGGCUAUACGAGCACUACUCCGAGUACAGCAGGUGCUUGGAGAACUCCUUGUAUGAUUUGCUGGGAGAGGAGAUGGCGCCGCACGUCGUGUUCGAACACUCCAAUGAUGGCUCCGGCAUCGGCGCCGCUCUUCUGGCGGCGUCUCAUUCGAUGUACGCCGAGGAGGAGCCGAGCACCUGAAUGCGAAGGUUUUCGCACCUUUGAUUCAUGUUAUUUAUUUGAUUUGAGCAUAAGAAAAUUGUGGGAAGUCCGCAUCUGCAUUCAUUGUCAUGGUAUGGUUUCAAGAAUGGCUGGUUUCAUGUAGAAUGAUGUUUUCAUUCUAUUGUGUGAUCUGCGGCUCCCAUUUUGCUGCAAAAGCCAAUCAUCAUGUGAUAAUAAAGUGGGAGAGUUUUU